AUGAUGGAAAGAGGGUUGAUAGCACAGAAUUUAGGGGUCAGACCUCGAGAAGCGGAGAAUUAUUGCGAGUUCCAUGAUCAAAAGGAUCACGAGAUUCAGAAAUGCAGCGAAUUCAGGGCUUUGUUACAAGGAUUGAUGGAUAAUAAGGAGUUGGAAUUCUUCAAAUAUGUUGGGAGCCCGGAAAAAACAGAUGUGUGUGCCUCCGAAGAAGGAUCGAUGAAGGGUGUUUACAAAGCCAACCACCCAGUGGUUAUCAUAUCACGUCCGAGAAUGAAUGAAGUUGGGGCACAAGUUGCGCCGAAGGUCGUGAUCCAUAAGCCCGUUGCUUUCCCUUACAAGGAUAGCAAAAGGGUACCGUGGAACUAUAGCUGUAAUGUGACAUUCCCGGGAGAGGAGACCCCGAUUAAUGCAUCAAAGGAAGCUCAAGAUGAGGGUUUUUAUACGCGCAGCGGAAAACGUUAUACCCCAAGUACAAAAGUUGAACAGCACAGCGAAUAUAGUGUUGUAGAACAGUUGCACAAACAACCAAAGCAGAUAUUGGUAAUCGGCCUUACUUUUAAGCUCAAACCCAUCGCAAUAGCAUUGAUGAAGGUGCUGAAGGAAACUUAUGCUGCUAAUGAUAUCUCUGUAAACAAAAUGGACCGCUUAGUCAACAAUAUAAGUGCCGACAACUUUAUAUUCUUCAAUGACGAUGAAGUACCACCAGGGGGCCGAGGAUUAACUAAAGCUUUGCACAUCACGACUCGCUGUAAAGGGUACACAUUACCGGGGGUAUUGAUCGACAAUGGGUCUGCGUUGAAUGUCCUACCCCUAUCUACGUUGAUGAGAGCAUUUGAUGGCACGGAAAGGAAGGUAAUGGGGAAAAUUGAAGUACCCCUCUUAAUCUGGCCGAGCACGUAUGAAGUAGAUUUCUUGGUCAUGGACAUUAAGCCUUCAUAUAAUUGCCUAUUGGGGAGACCAUGGAUACACUCGGCAGGGGCAGUCCCUUCAUCGCUGCACCAAAAGUUGAAAUUAGUGACUGAAAGUCAGUUAGUAACGAUCAAUGCUGAAGAGGACAUCAUCGCGACAAUAACCAGUGACGCCCCAUAUCUCGAGGCAAAUGAUGAAGCAAUCGAGUGCUCUUUUCGAUCUUUGGAGUUUGUGAACGCGACGUUCAUCGCCGAAGAAAAUAAGAUUCUAAUACCCAGGUUAUCUGAGACUACAAGAAUGGGACUACGGCUAACUAUUGGAAAAGGGGCUCUACCCGGAAGAGGACUCGGGAGAUACCUCCAAGGAAGGAUUAAUAUACCAAUGACGAAGGACAAACAAGACCGGGUCAUUCACUCCGAGCGAAAGACGUCGAGAAAGAAAAUCUUAGAAGAAAUGAUGGAGAGUUUAGACAUCAACACCACGUAUGAAGAAGGAACUGGGGUAGAGAAUUUGUCGGGCAUUCGCCCCUAUGAGCCGGGAAGCGUUCUAAAUAAUUGGAAUGUGGAAGAGAUUUCUACUCCCCAUCAAAGAAGAAUACAAGCCAGUUUAGCAAAAGCUUCGAAGGAUGAGACCCGAUGUGUUGUUGAAAAUAAAAGAGGAGGUCAAGAAGCAAUUCGAUGCUGGUUUCCUACAAGUGGUUAA